AUUUUAGCUUUGAGUAGUGAAAGUAAUUGUUAUUAUGAUUCCCAUAUAUUUGUUUUCUUGCAAGGGAAGAGAAACAAGUAUUGGUGUUUAUUUUUCCACAUGGACAACUCGCAGAUUAUUCGAGAGGUGGUGAUUAUUACAAUCGGGGUCAUUGAGGAGGAAAAAUGGCAAUUAACCUCUGAUUUCACAAUCGACAGAAUGAUCAAUUCAUCACCAAAUCUACAAAUAUUUGUGUUCGCCCUCAGACUGUGUUUUUCUUUUCAGGCGUGCAUUUGAAUGUUUUUAUUUUGAGUUCACAGAAGUAAAGCUAGCACUUUUCAAGAGCACGGCUUCCCCGCUAGUCCCUUCAGGGUUGAGUAAAUUAUGCCAGUUGGUUAAUCAGAUUCUCCCUCACUUGCACUUCACCACCUCGUGAGAGACAGACAGUGUGGCACAGCGAAAAGGGCUACUUGUGAGUGGCUCGGAGCUCUUCUGCAUUAUGCACGUGCUAAUAAACUGCAGUGAUUCAUUUUAAAUUUGCCCCAUACCGCUCGUCCUAUUGCUUUCUACGCCUCUGAUUGCUAAAGUGCAAAAUAUAACUCAGUCUGAUUCAUCUAAUUUGUAGCAGGAAAAGGACAAAAAGAGCAAAAAAAAAUCUUUAUAAUGUUUUGUUUUCUUUUUAUGACUACAGGAAUGUGCUGCCAAAAAGAAUCAGCACUCCAUCCCUCCUCAGAAGUCCGAAUCAUGACAAAUGAAAAUUGUCAGGCUCGAGAGCGCCUGGCUGGUGCACGCCUCGUCUCAGGAAAAUCUUCCCAGUCUUCAUCAAUGAGUUUCACAGCCUCCAGGAGAUGAGGCGCACUGCUUCUCUAGUGAUGAAGGUCUUCAUACAGAGGGACUACAGCGAGGGGACCGUCUGCCGCUUCCAGACUAAGUUUCCCCCCGAACUGAACAGCAGGAUUGAGCGAAACUUGCUGGAGGAAACGGUGAAGACGCUCAACUCGUUCUACAUGGAAGCUGAAAAAAUCGGAGGCCAGUCGUACCUGGAGGGAUGUCUGGCCUGUGCGACGGCGUACAUCAUCUUUUUCUGCAUGGAGACGCGCUACGAAAAGAUUUUGAGAAAGAUUACGAGCUACAUCCAGGAUCAGAAUGAGAAAAUUUAUGCUCCGCGAGGGCUGCUGAUCACCGACCCCAUCGAAAGGGGAAUGCGAGUUUUGGAGAUCAGCGUAUUCGAGGACCGAGGCUCGAGCAGCUCCAGCCCCAGCAGCAGUGCCUCAUCGACGGCGGGCAGCGCUCGGUGACUGGAGGGCCAGCGCCAGGCUUACGGGUACCACCACGGGGCAAGCGGGACGCUCACAAACAUCCGCAUGCUGAAACACGAGAGCACCCGCUUUUGAGGGGAGAUCCACGCCGAGACCUGCAACUCGGUAACAGGAGGAAGCCACACUCCGACAGAUAUCAAAUAAUAUUUACAGUCCGACUCUAAAGCAAGAUAUUUGUUUUCCUCACUCACCAUUUGUCUCAGUCCAACUAUUCAUUUUAUUUCCCAUGAGUCCAUCUUUGACUUAUAGCUGAGUCAGCAAGCUCACACUUGAUUAGUGUCAACAUGUAAUUGGCUGAGAAAGGCAGGCAGUGUUUAUAUGGUGAUGCACUGUCAAGGCUGUUGCAGCAAUUCCCUUAAUCAGGGUUGGAAAACUACCACUCACUCUUCUCCAGUCUAUUAGCGCUGCUAUGCUAAAUAUAUUCAGCCUCAUCAACUAGCAGCGCUUUUAGUAUUAGCAUUAUGCUUCUCAUGUACACUAGUGAAUAGUGUCAAUAUUGAGACAAAAUAUGUGAAAAUAAAUGUGUCAAAAUGUCAGCUGAAUACUCUAAUACUCGGCUGAAUCAUUUUUGCAUAUUGAAUUUUAUUUCUUGGCUAAUGCCAUGAAAUUAGAACUUAAGUUAUUCCGCAUUUCUACACCCACACUGCACCCCGACGCAAAUCAAAAAUAUCUCAGAUAUUCUCAGAAAUUCAAGCUGGGAUAAAGUCGUGUACGGUUAUGCGUGGAUUCAGCUGCAGAUAUUUUUACCGGCCUGGGCCACAGUUGCUAUUCUCUGAGGUUUAAUACAAGCUCUAUAAAAAAUGCUUGUUCUUUUAGUUGUAUAGACCUGCGUCCCAGUGCGACCUCAUGCAAUCAAGUAAAAUAAACACAUUGGUAUAAAAGUAGAAGUGUCUGAUACAUAUUGACAUAGCUAAUCUAAAUUGUCAAAUUUAAACCAUAUUUUGCACGUGGGCAAUGACUUGCUUGUUGGUGGAUUUGAGGGUAGCAUUUCCAUGUUAUCCAGGAAAACACAGUUCUAGCGCCCUCUAGGGUAAGACUACUGCCACGGUUAACUCCAUUGUUAUGUUUCUGUCUUCGAGCCUUCCCAUGUAUUGUUUGAACUCAUCUUCUUAUGCCUCAGUAACUUACCAAAUUAGAAAUAUAACAAUAGUACCUGCAUGGUCAAGUUGCGCAAGUGUGCAUCCUCCUGAGCUUUUGAUGCCUUCAUGUUUCAUCCCAGUGGUGCCCAACCUGGUGCUGACGGACUGAGCCAUUUCAAAUGACUUUUGCUGCCAGUGAGCCACAAACUCACUUUAUAGACAAUGUAGUAUAUUAAAAAAAAAAAAAAGGCAGCAUAUGUGAGAAAACUCUGCUGCACGUGCUUGUUAAUACUGAUUUACAAAGAAGACUGUACAAAAAGUAUAUGCUUGAAAAUUAUAUAAUUUAUACUAAUGUAUAGUGAUUGGUAGAUUUUAUACAAUAUAUAGUAAUUUGUAUUUUUUGUACAUGUAUGUUGAUUCACUUUAUCAACUGUCUAAUAACAAUCUUGUCACCAUCGUAUAUUAACAAUAAUACUGUAUGUGAGCAUGUGAACCUUAAUAGUUUUUUUUGCAUCGCACCUCUUAAAUUUUCUACAAUGAUACAUAUUUAUUCUCAAAAAUUCAUUAUUUUCUCAUAUAGUAGUUCUAAAUUUUAUUUUAUUACAAAUUUCCUAUAGUUUCAUUGCAUUUGUUUAUUGUGCUAUAUUGCUGUAUAUUUUAAAAAUCUAUAUUUUUAUAGUACUACAAGUACUAUUCAUAAUACAGUAUCAAGUAAAGUAACACAAUAAAAUUGCCACGAAUAAGGUGCUUGGUAAAAAAUAAUGUAUAGUAAUCAAUUAAAUAAUAUGUAAGUGUUAUUUUAAGGCGUCUAACCAUUCUUUUGUCCGAAAUUGUCUUAUGUUCAAAAUCCAAACGCACCUUUACAUAUGCUGUAAUUGCUCGGUGAGUGUGUGUAUAGAGGUAUGUGUAGGUAACACAAACACAUCAUCAGCUGUUCAUACAUCACUUUUUUUUUUUUAACCAAGGGGGAUGGUUGCACAUCCCUCAUUUGAAGAAAAAAAAAAAAAAAAGUGUAUAUGUGAGGGGAAAAAAGAGUGUCACUUUUCUUUGAACACAGGCAUGCUGAUAUGUGGCCAGUAGAUUUUAGCGCAGUGGCUUCUGAUAAAUGAAGACAAGCAAAGCCAGUGGAGAUUCAUUGGGACGUGAAUGUGUUCUAAUGCAGCAGAGAACCUCGCUCGAUCACACUCUCCAUUAACCUCUGUGCCAAAACACGCAUAAUGCCUGUGUGCCAAGUAAUGAUAUAUAGUCCACUUACAUGUACAUUCCCACAUUUGUUUAUCUUGAUACUGUAUUGGAGCGUCACUAUUUGGCCAUCACGUUCACUAUUAUAUAUGAAUAAUGCAUAUUGUGCUAUUUCUAUUGAGGUCCUUUUUGUACAAUGUCUUCCUGAAGUUAUAAAUGAUGAGGCGUUGAAAGUCAUUUGGAAGAUAUUGACUCAGGCAGACAAAGGGUGAAUUGAUGAGUCGUGCUGCAGGGUUUAACAAAAGAUGAAAAACGAGGGUGGGGGGGGGUGGUACAGCAUUUGCUCUUACUGAAAUUCCUGGUGUGUAAUUAAAGAUGAUUUGCAUAUCAAAACUUGUGGGUUUUCAAAUUGCAGCUUCAAGAGAGACAUGGAGCUGCCGCUCUGUAGCGAUAGUUCCAAAAUGAAUCCACUCGGAGGUCAUUUGAGUUCCAGGUUGGACAUGUACACAGGCGUGCUCACGCACUUGCACAUCAGUGGCUACAAAAUCGGCUUAUUUGCGGUUUGGGUCGCUCCAAUCAUUUACUGUCAGUGAGUGGGAAGAAAGUCCGCUUGCCGACCAACUAAUUUUGUCAUCUCGCUCCAAAUCCUGAUUCAAACAUCUGGCUCUUGAAUUGUUAAGUAUUCCAAUAUGUUUCAAGUUAGUGCAUGUGAAAAUGUGUUUCUGUCUGAAAUAUCACUUUUUAAAUGUUUGCAUAAUACUGGAGCAAUAUUUAUAUCUAGUGAUCACUUUAGUUAGUUAAACAUAAUUACAGUCAGAGUAAUAAAUGGUUGAACUGAUACCUUAACAAUGUUAAAUUUGACUUUGAAAUUUCAUAAAAAAGAAAACUGAUGAUUCUUUUUAAUUAUGUAUAACCUGAUUGAUUGGCGAACAAUCCAAAAGCCAAAAGAAGUGUAUGAAUGAAAAGAAAAACUAGAAUGUCAGACAAUCAAUCCAUUUAGUAUUUUAUUUGUAUGUUUCUAUAUUCCAUCUUUUUUUACAGGUAUCUAUUUGAAUAAUACUGACACAAGGCACUUUGUGAAUAAAUGGAUAAAAUCGUGGCAAUAUUA